AUGGCAGGAAAUAGACUGGUGCCUCGAUAUGCACAUACCGAUGGGUUGACUAGGCUUGCGUAUACGCUAGAUGGCACCUUUUUGCUCACCGUUGGAUCCAACCUGGUUAUAAGAAAGUUCCAGGUCGGUUCUGACGAAGAACCUGAAUCCAUAGACAAUCAUCAAGACCCGAUUACUGGAAUUGCCGUUUCUAAAACCCAUUUUUGUACCUGCUCUGAGGAUGCGACAAUUUGUGUAUAUCCCAUCGAUAACUCUUCAGAACAUAAUCUACUAGCCAGGACGACGCUUCCUGUGCGUGAUAUUGCAUACUCUACAGAUGGAAAUUGGGUUGCUAUUGCCAGUGAUGAAACAGCGGUAAAACUCGUCAAUACAACAGAGUUAACUCAAAUUCAUUCUUUACGCCCUUCCAAAACUUCAAACAAACACGUGUCAUUCAGUCCGAAUGAAAAGUUUCUUGCCAUAUCCAGCUGCAAUGGUAUUUUAUAUUUUUAUGAUGCUCAUUCUAGAGAUCUCGUAAAGUUUUUAACAAACACCAUCUUCUCUGUUGAGGGCGAUUCCGAUCUCACUAGUAAAGCAGUUUGGCACCCUUUUGAUGGCACAUUCGCUGUUGCCGAUUCUGAAAACCAGGUAUCUGUCAUAUCUACUGAUGAUUGGCUUGCAUUAUACAAACUAUCCCCAAAAGAAAAUUACUCUUCCAUAACAGACGUUGCUUGGUCAAGCAAUGGUCGUUUUUUGGCGGCUUCUUUCCGCGAUACGGGUAUAUUGGUAUGGGAUACUUUUUCAAAAGAAAUAGUCUCUGAACAUCAUUACCCAAAUGUUGUUGCUUUGGCUUGGCAGCCUUUUGCUAACGUGUUGUCUUUCACCACGAAUCAAGGUGUGCUUUACAAUUGUCCUGAGGCAAUUCCUUUGUCAGAGUCUAUCACUGAAGCUGAUUUCCAAAAAAGAAACCAGCUCAAGAAUGGUCAUAAGAAACGUAUUGUUUUGGAUGAGGCCGAAGAAAAUUUAUAUGGGAGUCAAAACACCAACGACGAUUCUGUCGCUGCUGGUGGCAUCACAAAUGAAGAGAAUAUCGGUGACUUUAACGAAAACGCUUUAGAUGAUCCCUUUGAUUUAGAUGGCGAUAGUUAUAUUGUGAAUGACCAUGAGUUAGAAGUCGCUAAAAAGAGGAAGGCGCGUCCCAUGCGCGAUCAUCAGCCUGUUUCCUUUGAAGAUGGUACGAGAAAACGCCGUCUUUUGCAUUCUGCUGUCCAUAAACCUGUUUAUGCUGGAAGCACGCCGUGGCAAGGAAAUAGGCGCUACUUGUGUCUGAAUUUAGUAGGAUUCAUUUGGACCGUUCAACAGGACGAUGGCCAUAACACUAUUACCGUCGAAUUUCACGACGAGACCAAUCACAGAAGAUAUCAUUUUCCAGAUGACCAAAAGUUUGAAAUGGCUUGUUUGGAUGAAGAGGGAGCCUUGUUUUCCGCUCCGGCUACGGAGCAAUCACCAGGUGUUAUCUACUAUAAACCUCAUGUUGAUUGGUCUCGGCGAUCUGAAUGGGCAUUAAUGCUUCCGAUGGAAGAUGAAAGCCCUGUUAGUAUAGCACUGAGUUCUAGUGUAGUUGUCGCUUGUACAACAAGCGGCUAUGUGCGUAUUUAUUCUCGAACAGGCUUUCCUAUAAGUAUGUAUAGAAGUAAGCAACAACCGUUUGUUGCUUGCUCUGCGUUUAAAGACCUUAUUAUGAUAGUUGCGAACGGCGGUCCUACUGCUGAUGGGACUCCUCAAUUGGUCUACACAAUUGAGGACACAAGCAAAAACUAUGUCUAUCAAUCGAAUGAUGGGUUAGCUCUACCCCCUACGGGAGAGCUUCAGAGUAUUUUCUUUUCAGACGUUGGUGAUCCAUACAUGUUCGAUUCCGAUGGUGUUCUGUUGGUCUUACUUCAUUGGAGAACCCAUGGUCAGGCCAAAUGGAUACCUGUGCUGGAUACGAAUGAACUGGAACGUCGUAAGUCAAGGCAAGAAUCCUAUUGGCCUGUGACAGUGGCAGAUAAUCAGUUCCAUUGUAUCCUUUUAAAGGGGAAUGCUCGUUAUCCUUAUUUCCCUCGUCCUAUGUUUACUGAAUUCCCAUUUCGAAUUCCCUGUACUGUAGUGACUUUUGAUGCUCCUACCUCGGUUCCUGCUUUAGAAGAGCUGCAACUUAGAAAUGCGGUUUUGUUAACAUUAACCGAAGAAGCAAUCGAGGAAGGGGAUGCUAAUCAAGACCAACAGCUUCAGGUUACGAAGCUUGAAGCUAAUAUUGACAAAGCUUUAUUGCAGUUAAUCCAGAAGGCCUGUUUAGAAGAAAAGCUUGAGCGUAUUUUUGAAUUAACAAAAGCUUUACGAAGAACACCUAGCAUAUUGGCAGCUCAGAAAAUUGCCCUGCAUCACUCCCUUACCCAGAUUGCUGAAAAAAUUGGAACUCUUCUUCCUGCUACUUAA